CCUCACUGUCCUUUCAUACUAGGUUUGGUGUUGGGCAGUAUCAGAACAUGCAAGCCCUUGUAUUUGCCGUGGAGGAGAUUAAUAGAGAUGCUGAUCUCCUUCCCAACAUUACACUGGGCUUCCAUAUCUUUGACACCUGCACAGUUUUAAGAAGAGCAGUAGAAGGAACUCUCUGGAUGUUGUCAGGAGGAGGAGGAGGAAUCAUUCCGAACUUUAAUUGUCACAAAACUGCCCCUCUUGCUGGAAUCAUUGGUGACUCUGGCUCCUCACAAUCCAUUCUAAUGGCUCAAAUCUUGGGGCUCAGCCAAUGUUCACAGCUCCUCCACUAUGUUAAAAACAUAAACUUCAAGACCCAAGAUGGAAGCCAUGUUGUUUUUGAUGCAAAAGGGAACCCUCAGGCUGUCUAUGAUAUUGUGAAUUGGCAAGUCAGCCUCACUGGCGUUCUGGACCAGGUCACAGUUGGGAGUUUUGACCUCACCAAUCUGUAUUGGAAUGCCCUGAAUAUAGAUAGUUCCAAAGUUAUAUGGAGCAAUGGCAGUUCGCAGGUGUGGCAAGAUAAAACGUAUAUUGUUAAAUGGUCCAUACAUCUCUUAUCUUAUUUCACCAUGAGGAUAUUUGAUGUUUUGUAUUAUUACAAUACACUAAGAUAAUUUAUA